UUUGAACAAGCCUAACGGAUGUAGACAUGUAGUGGGGAACAAUAUCUUUGGUCCUGUUCUGAUAGAAAAGUAUAAUAGAAUGGGAAUCAUCCUAAAAGGUGUCUAUUCUAAAGAGUUGGGCAUCUUUCUUUUGACUUAACACCCAAGAAAACUAGGUUCCCAAUAAGUGGUUUGUAGGUUUUCUGUUAUUUACCAACUGACAGAUAGUGUACUAGAUUGUUUGUUUAACUUAGAUACAUAUAUAUCAAUGUAUGUAUGUGACAGUUAUCAUUUUGUUUUUGACAUAAGUGUCGAGAUUCCUUGGAAACUACUGAUUAAUAUUCUUUGACAUCUGUAUAUAUGCAGAUAAUUUAGAGUUUAUCAAAAGGAAUCAUAGAGUUUAAGGAUGACUGGAAGACGUAAAUAGGUUGUUAUAUAUAAGAGGGAAGAACUCAAGAUCUAUCGAUCGAUCAUAGAUAGACGAGGAAAACUAACAUGGGCCUUCAAGAGCUGAUGCUGCUUCUGAUCUUGAUCCUCUUUUCCUUUUGUUCUCCUGCAUCAUUUGCUCCAACUAACUUGAUUCCUGAAAACACACGUGAAAACAAGGGAGUUAACGGGAUAAAUGAAACAAAUACUACAUUUGGUAGUAAUGGCGCAAUGGCAAACCAAAGCAAGUAUACUACUGCUCUUAGACGAGCUGGAGGUGGUGGACGAUCAGGCGGAGAUGUCAGUCAGUCCAACGCCUCCCCACAGGGCGGCGGCAAUGGACUAGUUCCUGUAUAUGCCGCCGCGGGUGCUGCAGGGAACCGUAGAAACCACAAAAGUGGUGCUACAACUUAUACACCGUGCUGGAAAGGGGGUUUGGCAAUGCUCGUCGCCACGUCGGCAUAUCUUUUGAUGUAUAUCCCUAUUUAAAGAAGCAAAGAUGAAGAUGACAUAAAAGAUGCCAUAUCACUAGAUAGUUGUGAAAACAUGAAUUGGUACAACGUAUGUGAUGAUCUAGAUUAGGUUAAUUUGUACAUUGUGUAAACAUGCGUGUUUAAAUAUUCAAGCGUUUGCAUGUCCACUGUGCUAAAUAUAUAGCAUCAGUUUCUAAUUAAUAACAUGUGUGUUGAAAAAGUAGUGACAAUGGAAAUAUGAGAGCCAUGAGCAACUUUUAAA